AGAAAAAAACCUCUCUUUUCUCACCCUUCCCCUUAUAUUACAAUUUACUACAUUGUGAAUGUUAAGAAACAACAAGUAAAAAAAGAAAGAUAUUGUUCCAAAACCAUGAAGGACACAUCCAAAGUUAUCAUUGGAGCAACCUUAGUAAUGGUUGUAACCCUUGCUUUUGUCAUAGCCCUCAUUCUUGUUCUUCUAGCUGAACUCUAUUGUUCUCUUUUACUUCAUCGCCACAAACUCAAAAACAAAAACACUCAUCAAACCUUAACCAGCACAAAAACUACCUUAACUAAUGUCUCUUCACCUUCUCAAUCACAUUCACAUUCACCACAAAACUCUCCUCCUCAACCGCCACAAAACUUUACCAACAUUUACUCACAAGGUGUUCUCCAACCUCCAAGAAACUUUCUCUUUCCUUGCAUGGAGAAUAUUUCUAAAGAACAACAAAUCAAACUUCAUCAUGUUAUCAACAUUCAAACACAUGAUGAGUCAUUAGUUUCUUCACCAACACUAUCAAUGUCACCUUUUCUAUCAAGAGCUCCACCACAACAAAAGAACACAACAACCCAUCAAAGUAGUAAUGUUGGUGAAGUUUCAUCAUGUCUUGAAGAAAAAAAGGACCUUGUUUACAUUUCAAAUCCAAUAUAUGAAAAUGAAGAACAAAAAGAAAGUGGUGUAAAAGAUAAUACACCAUUUGAGACACCUAAUACUUCACCUUCACAUUUAGAAAAAAGUGAUUCUUCUUCUUCUUCUUGUGAUAAUGAUGAUGAUGGGGGUGAUGUUGUUGCAGCUGAAGUUGAUGCUUAUACACCACCUUUGACUCCAAUGAAGAAGCUAGAUUCAAAGGCUUGUUCUGUCUCUCUUAGAGAUGUUAGGUCUUUAGGUACUAACGGAAGUGAUUCUAUGAUUUCACGUAGUGUUAAUGGUUUAUCUUCUUCAUCUUCUGAUUCACCUUCUACUUCUCCUUCAUGGUGAAUUUUGUUUCAUCAAUGGCAUAGUUAGAUUGAUGUAGAAUAGCUAGUUUUUGUUUAGUUUAGUUUGCUUUGUUUUAUGUGGUAGCUAGUUUAGUUUGUGAAUAAUAUUAUUAAUUGUGGUUAUUAGUUUAGU